AUGUCGCUCUUUCCCAACAUUCUCCACCCUUCCACGUACUCUACCCUUCUCGGCGAUCGCCCUAAGAUAACAACAACACCUUCCCAAAAAGAUCACGAGACCGAACAGCAACGCGCACAUCAAGUUGAUCACCACCAUAUCUCCGCAUUCUUGAUCAGCUUUUUGAGCCACAUGUUUGCGCCAGCCGCGUAUCAGCAAUGCACAUCGUCAACACCCUGCUGGGCGGUUUCGCAUCAUAGCGAGUGUCUGUCAAAAAGCAGUGACAAAGCCGUGAUCAUCGUAGACGACGAAUUUGUGCUUCUCGAAGACAGGGACAGCGAAGAACAGGAUGGUGGGCCGAUUUGUCAAGAGGCUACGAUUGAAAGUUGGAAGGCUCCAAAGAAGGGGCUGAAGAGGUACGGGGACGCGAGGCGAUGGAGCGACUUACCAUAUUUUGGCUGUUCAUAA